CAUGACAGAAGAAGGGAGGAGGUGCCAGCUCUCUAGGGAAUAAAUAGGAAGACUUUGAGAAGGACAAGGGGAAACGCCACCUCAGAAGACAGCCUCCCAGAGAUUCCCAGCAUGCUCCUCCAUAUCAGCCCUCGUAGAGCUCCCUAGUCAGCUCAGGCUGAGCGGCAGCCCUCUCCUUGCUGGGUGAGAGGUGUAGGGAAAGGGAAGGCCUUGGUCUGAGGGUCCCAUGGCAAAUCAGCACAGGGAGCUGCCUCCAGUUGGCAGAGGGAAGAUUCCCAGGCCCUGCUGGGGAUAAGAGUGAGGACUGAGGAGUCACAUGUGCAUCAGAACAGAUGUGAGGCCACCCCAACUGCCCCCGUGGUAGAGUGCUGGGAGGUGGCUGCCACCUCACUACCUCCCGCUGCUCUCAGGGAUGUGGAGUUUGCCCUGAGUUUUGGCCAGAAGAGUGGUAGGGACAUGGCCCUGUCUGAGAAAAGGUGAGGAUGCUAAUUAAAUUCUGAUGGGACCGUGCAGUCCAGAACUGUGGGGCUCUGGGAGUCUGGUCAGCCCCAGCUGUCAGCCUUGGGAGGCCCAAGACACUGCUUGCAGUCUUAGCCUGAGAGUCUCCCUCACUCCCUCUUGCAGGUGCUCCAGGAACCAGGAGUCGAAGACCUGGGUCUGAGGCACACUUCCUAAAGUCAGCACAGCAGAGGUGGCCCAGGCAGUGCCAGGAGUCAAGGCCUGUGGGAUCCCAUCAUCCCCAUCCCUGCUCACACGUUUACCUGCUGCUCCUGAACAACAGGCCUCAUGCCUCUCUUUCCAAACCUUCCACGCCUCAGCUUUGAGGAAGACUUCCAGAACCCGAGUGUGAUAGAGGACUUGGUAGAUGCACAGGAUUCCAUAGAUGAGGAAGAGGAGGAUGCCUCCUCCACUUCCUCUUCCUCUUUCCACUUUUUAUUCCCCUCCUCCUCUUCCUUGUCCUCAUCCUCACCCUUGUCCUCAUCCUUACCCUCUACUCUCAUUCUGGGUGUUCCAGAAGAUGAGGAUAUGCCUGCUGCUGGGAUGCCACCUCUUCCCCAGAGUCCUCCUGAGAUUCCUCCCCAGGGUCCUCCCAAGAUCUCUCCCCAGGGUCCUCCGCAGAGUCCUCCCCAGAGUCCUCUAAACUCCUGUCUUUUGUGGACCGGAUUGGAUGAGGAGUCCAGCAGUGAAGAGGAGGAUACAGCUACUUGGCAUGCCUUGCCAGAAAGUGAAUCCUUGCCCAGGUAUGCCCUGGAUGAAAAGGUGGCUGAGUUGGUGCAGUUUCUUCUCCUCAAAUAUCAAACAGAAGAGCCUGUCACAAAGGCAGAGAUGCUGACGGCUGUCAUCAAGAAGUAUAAGGACUAUUUUCCCAUGAUCUUCGGGAAAGCCCAUGAGUUCAUAGAGCUAAUUUUUGGCAUUGCCCUGACUGAUAUGGACCCCGACAACCACUCCUAUUUCUUCGAAGACACAUUAGACCUCACCUAUGAGGGAAGCCUGAUUGAUGACCAGGGCAUGCCCCAGAACUGUCUCCUGAUUCUUAUUCUCAUUAUGAUCUUCAUAAAGGGCAGCUGUGUCCCCAAGGAGGUCAUCUGGGAAGUGUUGAGUGCAAUAGGGGUGUGUGCUGGGAGGGAGCACUUUAUAUAUGGGGAUCCCAGAAAGCUGCUCACUAUACACUGGGUGCAGAGAAAGUACCUGGAGUACCGGGAGGUGCCCAACAGUGCUCCUCCACGUUAUGAAUUUUUGUGGGUUCCAAGAGCCCAUUCAGAGGCCAGCAAGAGAAGUCUUAGAGUUUUUAUCGAAGCUAUCCAGUAUCAUCCCUAGUUCCUUUCCAUCCUGGUACAUGGAUGCUUUGAAAGAUAUGGAAGACAGAGCCCAGGCCAUAAUUGACACCACAGAUGAUGCUACUGCCAUGGCCAGUGCA